AUGGAUGGGGAUGUGGGGAUGGCUGGAUGCUGGAGCUGUGUGAAGGCGCUCAAGCAGGCUUUCUACUCGGAGUGGGAGACCUGCCGGCAGGCCGGCGGCCACUCGCCACGCGUGCCUCCGCACUACAAGACCAUGAAAAAGAUCUGGAAGGCGGCAGGACGGCCCGUCUUCGGGGAGCGGCGCCUCCCAGGGCACGUCCUCCACCCGGAAAUCCCGGGCAGGCCACCAUCUGCACUGGGGCAGUGCACCAAGAGCGAGCUGGGUAGCCCUCACAUGGCCAAGGCAUCCCAGGUGCAGACAGCUCCUUCUCCUGUACCAAACGCUGGGCCCCCGUUCGCUCCCCUCCCCAUCUUCGACUACCACCCGGCCUUCGCUGCCUUCCCACCCAUGAAGCAGGAGAGUGCGGAACGGGAGGCUGACUCUCCUGUGGUGUGCCAGGCGCCCGCAGGGCAGGGUUUAGGGGAGCAGGCGCUGCCAGUCACUGUUGGAGACCAGGGCUCACCUGAGACAACACCUGGCGGUGAGCACCCCGUGCUGGGUGACCCGGCUUCGGCUACAGACCUGCAAGGCCCCAUGCUGCAGAGCAUGCAGCAGCUCCUGGUGCAGAUCCUCCACACCUCGCGGCAGCAGCAGGUGCUGCUGGAGAGCCUGGCCAGCGACACCGUCUCCCACCUCCACCUCAUCUCCGACAGCCUGGGGCAGGUGGGUGAGACCCUGCACGAGCUGCUGCUCCAGGCUCACGCCCGCUGCGCCAACCUGCCCGCCCCGCUCAGCCGCUACGCCAGCCUCACACCCCCCCUCCUGCCCAUGGUGCCCCGCUCCCCCUGGACCCCCAACCCCCCUCCCAAUUCCCCCUACCACAAAGAGGAGCCUGUGGUGUCAUCCGCCUCCGGAUUCCAGCCCCACCAGCUGGCCCCCCCGUGAGAGCCCCUGCAGAGGCUCGGUGCACACAGCAGGUGGCUGUGGGGGUGCCUAGCCCUUUGUAAACGUGUACAGUGGUGGAGGAUUUUACACAGCUUUCUAGCAAAGACCCCGAGA